CCGGUGAUUCAUACGAUGACAUGUAAGACCCUCCGUUCCUUGGGUCCUGCUGGACGAAGACCUCCGUCAUACCAAGACACUCGCGUCAGCCGGGAGUUCUCUUCAAAGCGUCCAUGAAACGAUAGAUACCUUUCUCUCCUUCGCUAAUCUUCUCUACCUCCACUCUCUUUCCUUGCGAUCUUUUCUCCAUUCAGCAACAUGGCCGAUUUUCACGUUGCAAUCAUAGGCGCGGGACCCGCUGGCCUAGCUCUGGCUCUCGCCCUCCACGCGCAGUCAAUCUCCUGCGCCAUCUACGAAGCCCGUGAUGCUCCGCUCAACAAAAUCGGCGGCGGCCUAGUACUCGCCCCAAACGGGCUCAAAGUCCUCCAAGGCAUCGGCAUCUAUGACUCUCUCCUCGAUCAUUCAUAUCCUUUUGACACCGCCUAUGUUCAACUCGGCCCCACCGGUGCCAUCAUCGAUACGAUUGAGUAUGGCGGCAAGGCCAAGUACGGGAUAAAUGCCCUGCGUACUUACCGCUACACCCUCCUCGCUCAGCUAUUGGCAAAAGUUCGCGCGGCCAGCAUUCCGAUUCACUUUAACCGCCGCUUCUCCCAUGUCUUGGCUCAGACGGACACCGAUGUCACGUGGCAGUUCACCGACGGCAGUAGCUCACACGCCUCGAUUUUGGUCGGCGCAGAUGGCAUUCGCUCUCAUGUGCGCGAGUACGUCGCCCCGGACAUCAAGCCAACCUUUGACGGCGUCGUAAGCCUUCUAGCCGUCGUGCCCACCACGCAAUUGGGCCUGCCCGCCAAAGACCUCGAAGACCUCAAUAACGGGCACAACAAGCAUCCGCUACCGAGCUGCAUAGUGGCCCCUCAGUGUGGAGCCAUGCUCUUCUUCCCGCAAAAGAAAUCAGGCGACGAAGUUAUGAUCUCGGUCAUGCGGCCACUGCCCGAUGAGCCGGAGCACUGGGCUCCCCUUGAUGCCGAUAAGGAGCGUCUUCGAGCGAUGUUUCGUGAGAAUGUGGAACAGUUUCCCGAAGUGGUCAGGAAUGCGGUCCGGGAGAUCCCCAGCGAGGGCCUGCACGUUUGGCCUGCAUAUCAAGUUCCAUCGCUGGAGCACUGGUCGUCCGGGCGGGUCGUCAUCGUGGGUGAUGCGGCUCACGCCCUCCCCCCACACGCCGGGCAGGGCAUAAAUCUUGCUUUCGAAGAUGUGUAUCUACUUGCGGAUUGCACGUCUUCCACCCGCAGCUCAGGCUAG